CCUAACCCUAAUUUCUUUCUUACAUCACAACCAUCCGAAUGAUUUGAAGAAGACGACAAUGUCAAGAACUCGUUACGAUUGGUCAAAACUUUGUCACGAUCUUUUGCGAUCGAUACUCGAAAGCUUGCACUACAAGGAUUAUCAUCGAGCAAGAACCGUUUGCUCACACUGGUACACCGUUUCCUCAACAUGUAAGCGACCUCUGUAUCCAUGGCGAAUCUUAUUCAACGAGAAUUCAACUUCACUCUUCGAUCCCGUAGAAGAAAAGAUUCACGAAAUUCAACUUCCCGGAAUCGAAUGUUCAGAUAGGUAUGUUCUUGCUAGUUGCAGCAAUUGGUUCUUGAUGGUUGAUUCUGGUUUAGAUUUCUAUCUUCUAAACGUGUUUACUCGUGAGAGAAUCAAUCUUCCAUCGAUGGAGUCAUCGAUUCUUGGUAAAGAGAGAUUGGAAAAAGAAGUUGAGUGGAAACAUUUCAUCGAGCGUACGGACAUAAACUCCAACAAGAAACAAGCUUGUCUUUGGAUAAAUGAGAGAACAGGGGAUUAUGUUGUUGCUUGGAGUAUCAAACAGUACUACUUGUUCACUUACAAGAAAGGAGAUGAUUCAUGGUUGAAUCUUGAAGACACUAAGUGUGUGUCUAUGGCUUUGAAUAAGGACUACAAGCUUUAUGUGUAUACAUUAGAUAACUCGAUCAAGAUUUUUGAUUUAUCUGGUGAGUGUCCUAGUGAGAUUGUCGAAGGGAAUCCGUAUCGUAACCAUCCGUUUAGCUUUCGGGUUGUUUCGAAACCCGGGGAAUACGCUUGGAGGCAGAUUGUGGCGGUUACAAACUCUGGAGAGGUUUUGAUGAUCGUGAGCUUGAAAGGGUUAGAUAAUAAACGUUUGUUUUACAUCUAUAAGAUGAAUUUGGAAAGUUGUAAUUGGGAAAGAGUAGAUUCUCUUGGAGGUGAGAUGUUGAUAUUUGGUCAUGGGGUCACAAUAAGAGCACCGAUCUUAGAUAGUAAUGGUUUGGGAAUCAAGAGUGAUUCAAUCUGCUUCCAGGGUGAUGAUCUUUGGCCUGUUAGUCAUCUUUUUAAUCCCAUCAUUUCCAUCACACAACCUAGAUGCGGUGUAUUCGAUCUUGCGACAAGUACAAUCACAUGGCAUAAAAAGUUAGAUGCUUCGUUCUCGAAGAUUUUCUGGUUUGUUCCAGGAUAUGCUUGUCUUUGAUCAGGAGAUUGGUUUCUCAUUUGGUCUAGUCUACAGAAUUCAGUGAGAAUCAGCAGAGCCAAGUGUUUUUGGCUACUUUGAAUCUGGAUAUUACUAUCGAUUAGUUCAAGUAUUGUCAUAGCUCUAGGCUUUUAUUGUUCAUCUUUAUUUUGCGGAUUUUUGGCAUAUGAUUUUUCUACGGAAAUAUGUUGUUGAAUGAACCUUGUGGUUGAUAAAAGUUCUUAUAGAAAUCUUUGCAAGAAAUCUUGCAACUGAUCUUCGUUUAUGGAACA